ACUCACCGGCACCGGCGGGAGGGGAGGGCGGGCGGCGCCCGCGCUGACGGGACAAAGCGCGGCCAUGAGCCCGCUGUAGGCCGCUGGGAGCCGCCGCCGCCGCCUCCGGGGAGGGAGGGAGGGGGGUUCUGGCCGCGGGUGGAUGCCGGUUGCGGCCGGCCGCGCCCGGCACCAUGCACACCGUGCAGAAGGACACCACCUUCACCAAGAUCUUCGUCGGGGGGCUGCCCUACCACACCACCGACUCCUCCCUCAGGAAGUACUUCGAAGUCUUCGGGGACAUCGAGGAGGCGGUGGUGAUCACCGACCGGCAGACGGGCAAAUCCCGGGGAUACGGCUUUGUGACCAUGGCAGACAGAGCCGCAGCUGAGCGGGCGUGCAAAGACCCCAACCCCAUCAUCGAUGGCAGGAAAGCAAACGUGAACCUGGCGUAUCUGGGAGCAAAGCCGAGGAGUAUUCAAACCGGUUUUACCAUAGGUGUGCAGCAGCUCCACCCAGCCUUCAUUCAGAGACCCUUUGGACUCACGCCUCACUAUGUUUACCCCCAAGCUAUCAUUCAGCCCAGCGUGGUGAUCCCCACCCCCGUGCAGUCCAUCGCAUCUCCCUACAUCGACUACACCGCCGCCAGCCAAGCCUACUCCCAGUACACCACAGCUGCCUACGACCAGUACCCCUACGCUGCCUCUCCCGCCGCGGGCUUUGUGGGAUACGGCUACACGGGCGCAGUGCAGCCCCCCAUCACCGCCAGCACCCCGGCAGCGCCCGCCACCGCCUUUGUGCAGUACCAGCCCCAGCAGCUGCAGCCCGACCGCAUGCAGUGAGCCUGCACCGCUGGGACAGCCUUUUGCAAUGGAAGGAUACAACUAGGACAGCAAAAGAAAAACAGCAACAAAACCAUGAUGCAAAAAAAACAACAACAACAACAACAAAAAAAAAAACAAGACAAAAAAACAAGGAAAAAGAAAGUCACCCCGACCCCGUCUCCCAUUUAUUUAGGUGCAUAUCAAUACCUAAGCUAUUUAUAGUGUUACGGGCAAACCCAAAGCCUCGCAGGCUGACUGUGCUCACCAAGGACUUGGGGUAAGUUGUUUUUCGAUCUGAACAGAUCAUGUCUGGAAGAUGUUCUGAAAGUGACUGAAAUGAUUCGCAGGAGAACUACAGCUCCUCGCACACAUCACAGUCUGCUCCCAUCGCCUGUGGGCUUCUUUCUGCCCCCCCCAUCCCCCCCCAGCCCUCCUCAUCCAACCUGCAACUUUCUUAUUUACUGUUGAGGUACGGAGGUACUCGGAGAACGUGGAGAAAAGCAAUCUUAUUUUUUGGUUGUACAAAAACUUUGUGAUACUCAGAGAUGCCUUACAGAAAAAAAAAAAAAAAGAAAAACUAUUUUUUAAUAUUUAUUGCGAUUUUAUUCGCAUGAGCUGUGAAUUGCAGACAGAAGAAUAGUAGUAAGUAUCUGCCUUGUUGGAUUCUCAUUUUACUAAAUUAUUGUACGUAGUUCAAAGUUCCUGAGUAAUUGCUGAAUCACUUCAACUUGCAAAAGGGAAUAUCAGCUCGAAGGAGAGCGGGAUAUCCCUGUAGUCAACGCACUGUACUAUUUUCUUAUUGUAAUUGUUACUCUGUUAAGAUUAUCUCAAAUUUAGGUAUAUUUUUAAAAUGCAAAAAAAAAAAACAAACCCAACCAACCAAGAAUACCGAACAUUUUGUCUACUUUAGUAGAUCUUUUGUUACAAUGCUGCAAACUGUGGAGACAUUUACAGUAUUUAUGUCAGAAAUUUGGGGCUGUUGGCCAGCAAAGCUCAGGAGAAUAUCAUGAGUGGAGCAAAAGGAAGGAAGGUGUGACGUCGCCGAACAAAUGAGUAAACGUGACCUUUUUAUGCUUACAACACAACAGCCAAAUAAAGGAAGAGAACAGGCAAUGUAAGUUAAGUGCAUUUCUACAAAGAACAGCAAUAAACUAUUUUAACUUCUAAAACGAUUGGAUACUGUUAUGGAGUCAUGUUUGCUUGGCUGCAGUGCAUUAGGGCGUAUCAAACGGAGCUGGUGCAGCUGGCCUCUGUCUGUGACCUGCCAGGGUGGGACCUCAGCCCAGCGCUGCGUUGCGUGGUCGCUGCCUGGGUACAGCAUGCGCUGUUUGUUGCUCUGUGUCUCCUAUGUCACCCGUGGCUCUCAGCAGCUGGGGCUUUCUGAGCUCUGGAAGCAUUGUGCUGGGGCUGUGUGGUCUCUGGUGCUCGCGCCCAGCACUGGGUACUUGAGCACAGCCAGCCUGCAUGGAGCAGGGCAGAUGGGUGCUGAGCCUGUGCAGCAGUGCUUACACCUUGUGCAGCCCCAGUGCAAAGCUAGGCAGCUGCGAUCCCAUCUCAGCCCAGAGCUCUCAGGCGGCAGGCGCCGUUCUGCCCCAGCCCUGCCUCAGUCCGUGGGCUGCAGAGGUGCCUGCAUCCCCUGAACCUCCUGUGCAUUGCUCGUGUGGCCACGUGUGACUUGACCUUGCUGACCUGCUUUAGAAAUUUGGUUUUCAGGUUUUGACGAUUAGAAAUUUCCAAUAUUUGUUUUUAAAAGUCAAUAAAAUGAUUCUGUU